GAGGAGAUGAGAGUCUCUGUAAGUUCAGGAGCCAGCAGAAAGCUGACACUUCGUCCCGACAUGGCUUGAGCUCUCGUUGCGCUCGACGCGCUGCACGUUGUUUUUCCUUUUGCGUAAAAUUGCGAGUGAAGUCUCUGUUUCUGCAUCGGCGAGCAGCAGAAAGAACUCCGCGCGUUUGUGUGUGUGUGUGUGUGUGUGUGUGUGUGUGUGUGUGUGUGUGUGUGUGUGUGUGAGAGAGAGAGAGAGAGAGAGAGAGAGAGAGAGAGAGAGAGAGAGAGAGAGAGCGCAGGGCUGUAGGAUUGUGUUGGAGGAUGGACAGGAAGAUCAGGAUGGUGCGCGCGGGAUACAUCCGCUUCCUCUGGAUCUUCAGCAUCACCAUCAGCAUCAGCAUCAGCAUCAGUGCUCACGCUGCUUCUCCAUCCGCCCAGAAAUGUGAUGAUGCUCUGGUCACGCCACUUUCCCAUAGUGCCUUCAGCAGCUCGUCUGUGUUCACCAACGGCUACGGUCCUGAAUACGCCAAGCUGAACAGAAGAGGAGGUGCUGGAGGCUGGUCUCCUCUCGACACUGAUCAUUACCCGUGGCUGCAAGUGGACCUGGGAAGCAGGAAGCAGGUGACUGCCGUCGCUACUCAGGGUCGAUACAGCAGCUCGGACUGGACCACACGCUACCGUCUGCUCUACAGCGACACGGGCAGCAACUGGAAACCCUACCAUCAGGAUGGAAACAUCUGGACAUUUACAGCAAACUCCAACACAGAGAGUGUGGUACGCCACAAUCUUCAGCACAGCGUCGUGGCCAGGUUUCUGUGCUUUAUCCCUCUGGAUUGGAGUGAAGAGGGUCGAAUAGGCCUGAGGAUAGAGAUCUAUGGCUGCUCAUACUGGGCCGACGUGAUUAACUUUGACGGCCAGGGUGUGAUCUCCUACCGUUUCAAGAUGAAGAAGAUGAAGAUCCUGAAGGACGUGAUAGCACUGAAGUUUAAGACGGCCGAAAGUGAUGGGGUGAUCCUGCAUGGCGAAGGUCAGCAGGGUGAUUACAUCACGCUGGAGCUGAGGAGAGGAAAACUGGUGCUCCAGAUAAACCUCGGCAGCAACCAGUAUGGCUCCAUCCUGGGUCACACAUCGGUGAGCAGCGGUAGCCUGCUGGAUGACCAUCACUGGCACUCGGUGGUGAUCGAGCGCCACAGAAGAAACGUUAACUUCACCCUGGAUCAGAACACGCAGCACUUUCGCACCAACGGCGAGUUUGAUCACCUCGACCUCGAUUACGAGUUAAGUUUUGGAGGGAUGCCGUACUCAGGAAAACUCAUCUCGGUAGGCCGGAGAAAUUUCAAAGGCUGUAUGGAGAGCAUCAACUAUAAUGGUGAAAACAUUACAAACCUGGCUAGAAGGAAGAAAGUAGACACGUCCAGCUUUCGUAAUUUGACAUUCUCCUGUGUGGAAUCUCACACCUUCCCGGUUUCCUUCAACGCCACGAGUUUCCUGCAGCUGCCCGGUAGAACGGAGAACAACAUGGUGUCUGUGAGCUUCCAGUUUCGCACGUGGAACUCUAAUGGCCUGCUGGUGUUCAGCGCGCUGGCUGACGGCAUGCUGGAGCUCACUCUGAAAGACGGAAAAGUCACGGCGCACAUCAGCAGCCAGCAGCAGAAGAACCUGGGCGUAGACAUGACCUCAGGGUCAGGGCUGAGUGAUGGAGAAUGGCACGACGUUCGUUUCCUGGCUAAAGAAAACUUUGCCAUGCUGACCAUCGACAGAGACGAGGCUUCGGCUGUGAGAACCAACGCACCCGUUCAGAUCACAACCGGAGGAACGUACCACUUUGGAGGUUAUUUCCUGCAGACCCAUGCGUCUCCGUCCCAGCGCUCGUUUCAGGGCUGCAUGCAGCUCAUCCAAGUUGACGAUCACCUGGCUGACUUGGUGGCGUUGGAGCGGGGCAUGCUGGGAGCUUUUGAGAAUGUCAGUUUGGACAUGUGUACCAUCAUAGACAGAUGUUUGCCUAAUCUCUGUGAGCAUGGAGGAAGGUGUUCUCAGACCUGGGACAGUUUCAGCUGCUCAUGUGACGGCACUGGAUACAUCGGAGCCACCUGUCACACAUCUCUGUAUGAACAGUCCUGUGAAGCUUAUAAGCACUUGGGGAAAUCUUCAGACUUCUACUGGAUCGAUCCUGAUGGCAGCGGACCUCUAGGACCCUUCAGAGUCUUUUGCAACAUGACGGAGGAUAAGGUGUGGACGACGAUAGUGAACGACCUGCUGCCUCAGACAGCCGUAUCAGGUUCGAGCAGAGACACACGCACUGUGCUGCAGCUGAACUACAGCGCCAACAUGGAGCAGAUCAGCGCAAUUACAGAUGUCGCCGAGCACUGCGAGCAACACGUCACCUACACCUGCCUCUCAUCACGCCUAUUCAGUACCCCAGAUGGGAAUCCGUACACCUUUUGGGUUGGCAGAGGGAAUGAAAAACACUUCUACUGGGGCGGCUCAGUGCCGGGGGUCCAGAAAUGUACAUGUGGCAUCGAGCACAACUGCAUCGACCCCAAGCACCACUGUAACUGUGAUGCAGAUCAGAAACAGUGGAGAGAAGAUUCAGGGCUUCUGGUAUAUAAGGAUCACUUACCGGUGAGCGAGGUAGCGGUAGGCGACACAAAUCGACCCGGAUCAGAGGCCAAGCUCACAGUGGGACCUCUGCACUGUCACGGAGACCGCGGUUAUUGGAAUGCAGCUUCCUUCAACACACCAACCUCCUACCUUCACUUCUCCACUUUCCGAGCUGAAACCAGCGCUGAUAUCUCCUUUUACUUCAAGACCUCUGCACCUCAUGGGGUUUUCCUGGAAAAUCUCGGCAACACAGACUUCAUCCGGCUGGAGCUGAAAUCACCCAAUGUUGUUACCUUCUCCUUCGAUGUGGGGAACGGACCGGUGGAGCUGAACGUUCACUCACCCGCGCCGUUAAACGACGACCAGUGGCAUCGAAUCAGGGCCGAGAGAAACGUCAAAGAGGCCGUACUUCAGCUGGAUCGGCAAUACAGACAGGUUCGAGCUGCACCUGCUCAGGGACAUACACGCCUAGAGCUCUACAGCCAGCUGUUUGUGGGAAAACUAUCACCUUGGGCUUGUCAGAACAGUGCAGCAGGAGGACAGAGAGGCUUCCUGGGAUGCAUCCGCUCCCUGAAGAUGAACGGCGUGACCCUCGACUUGGAAGAAAGAGCAAAGGUCACUCCUGGAGUAAAAUUAGGAUGCUCGGGUCACUGCACCAGUUUCGGGAUGUACUGCCGCAACGGAGGGAAGUGUGUAGAAAAGUACAAUGGCUACUCGUGUGACUGCAGCGACACGGCUUACGACGGACCCUUCUGCACUAAAGAUGUUGGAGCAUAUUUCGAGGCAGGAACGCUGGUGCGCUAUGACCUGAUGCCGGACGUGAAGUCCUCAGCGUUCAAUGUGGAAGAAAAGGAUUUCUCCCAAUCUCUACCCCUAGACGUGAACCUGACCCAUGAGGUUGUGAGCUUCAGCUUUAGCACGUCCAGCACUCCCAGCAUCCUUCUGUACAUCAGCUCGAGGACGCCUGACUACAUGGCUGUGGUGCUGAGAACUAACGGGUCUCUACAGCUGCGUUAUAACCUCGGAGGUCUCCACGAGCCCUUCACCGCCGAACUGGAUCAGCGCAAUUUGGCCAACGGGCAUCCACACAGUGUGAACAUCACAAGAAUAGAAAGAGAAAUCCACGUCCAACUGGAUCAUUACCCAUCAGUCAGCUACACACUUCCUGAAACCUCAGACACUCUCUUCAACCAGGUCAAGACUCUCUUCCUAGGAAAAGUCUUCGAAACCGGCCCUAUUGACCCAGUGCUGAUAGAGAAGUAUAACACUCCCGGCUUUGUAGGCUGUCUCUCCAGAGUGCAGUUUAACAGCAUCGCUCCUCUGAAGGCGGCUCUUCGUUCACACCCCACUGUGUCUGUCUCACAUCAGGGCAAACUGGUCGAGUCAAACUGUGGAGCAUCACCACUCACUGUCUCACCGAUGGCUGCUAACACUGACCCCUGGCACCCGGAUGGAGGUGCUGAUUUCCCCUUCAAUGAGGAGCGAGUCGUACCAGAUGGUUUCAACAGGAACUCGACAAUAAUCGGAGGCAUCAUUGCUGUGGUGAUCUUCACCAUCCUGUGCACUCUGGUGUUCCUGAUACGCUACAUGUUCCGCCACAAGGGAACGUACCACACCAACGAGUCCAAAGGGGCCGAACACUCAGAAUCAGUCGAUACAGCCAUCAUCAGCGCGGAACCCAAUUUCACAGAGUCCAUAGAAGAAAACAAGAAGGAGUGGUUCAUCUAACAUGGGGACAGUACCCACUCCUUCAGUCUCACUGAGGAUCAGAACCAAAUGUAAAAUGCUGUAAUGAUAGAGGUAUAUGGUGGUACAAGGUGGACUGAGGAUCAAAACCAAAUGUAAAAUGCUGUAAUGAUAGAGGUAUAUGGUGGUACAAGGAUUUAUGUCUGUUUUGUACUGGCCCAAACUUUACAAUUUGUAGAUGAAUAAAAAGAGAUGAUCAGAGAGACAGGCAGCCAAAGCAGGUCCAAUGAAAGCAGUAUGUGUCCCAUUGGGAAUAAAUGCGUGCCUGUCAUCUCUGUCUCUUUUUCUCAACCUUUCUCAAGGCUAAGCAGUGCACAACAGCUUGCAGAGAGCUCACAUGAUGGAUGCUCCUAGAGACUCUGUAAAUGUGGAGCAGGGAAAGAUCUGGGACAGUUUGCUUUUUUCUGCAUUUUUUUUUAUGUGUAUUUUAUAUCAUGCACUUUUUUGAUCAGGGAACACUAAGUGGCUUUGUUGAUUAGUUGUUAAUUUGGUGUAAUCAGCCACUAACAGACCAUUCUAAAUUAAUAACAUGAAAUGCUGUUGCCAUGGAAAUCGAUUGCACUUCGUUUACAAUAAAUACAUAUAAUUAAUGAUCUGAAAUAAAACCAACUACGACUGGAAAUAAAGUAUUUGUAUGAAGCAAA